ACGGAACUACAAAAGCCGGCAAGCAUUGAGUAAUUUCAUGAAAGAAGAAGGGUAAUUGUGUCAAGAUAAGCGUCAAACUGUCGGCAGGCAGGCAGUUUCCCCAUCUCCCGCCUGCCUCUCAGCUUUCCAAGUCCCCGUGAAGUUGAAGACAGUAAAAACAUCUUCAACCUCACGCGGCCUUCGUUUUUCCAUAAAUAUGGACAACGGAAAUUCCCAUCCUGCCCCUGGGCCCUGCGCCGACGACCGCAUCAAGCUCAACGUCGGCGGCAAGUUCUUCGAAACCACCUUGUCAACGAUCCAGGCCGGCGGACCCGACUCUCUCUUAGCCGCCCUAUCGAACCGCUCCACCGACGACCCGAACCCGGUUUUCAUAGACCGGGACCCGGAGAUCUUCUCCGUCAUCCUGUCUCUUCUCCGAUCGAACGGUCUGCCUUCAACGGCUCGCCGAUUCUCUAAGCAAGAGCUUGCCGAUGAAGCCCUCUACUACGGCAUCGAUUCGCAGCUCAAGUCGGCUAUGUCGCCGCCUCCUUUCUCCGGUAUCGACGCCUCCAUCGUCACCACCGUCCAACCAGCCUCCGAUGGCUGCCCCUCAGCGAUCGCCACCGGCGACGAUGGCUCCGUCUGGAUUGCCCACGGCGGCCAGCUGUCGAGCUACGAUUGGAAUCUGAGCCAUUCUGGAACGAUUCGAACGCAUUUGGAGGACAUAACCUCGAUUUGUCGAGUGUAUCCUGACAUCGCCGCCGUAGGAUCCGAAUCAUCCGCGGGGCUUUACUUCUACGACUUCUCCGGCGUGCGAAACCUCGGGUCGAUCCACUGGACCGACCCGAACGAUCCGAGAAUCUUCAAGGCCCGAGUCACCGCCAUUGCCGACUCGCCGGGCUCGGUCUUCGCGUCGUUCGAUUGCCCGCACCGAGAGAAUUGCAUACUCUUGAUCGACAAAUCCACGCUGAAGAUUGUGUCGGAGCUAAGCCGGCAGCCGGGGAGCUCGGCGAAGAACCUAGCCGUUGGAAAGCUGAGGUGGGUUCCAGAGACGAGCAUGGUCGUGGGGAGCUCGGUCACGUGCGGCGCGUUUGGGUACUCGGGGUAUAUCCGAAUUUGGGACCCGAGGGCGAAUGAGAUGGUUUGGGAAGCGAUCGAGCCGGGUUCGGGCCGGAGCAGUAGGUUCGGGGACUCAUUCGCUGACGUGGAUGCCGACGUCGAAGAGUCGACCCUGUUCAAGGUGUGUUCAAAGUCUGGGGAUUUGGCAGUGGCAGACUUGCGUAAAUUAGGUGAUGAUCCGUGGAUUUAUUUACAAGACAAGAACCCGAGAAUGAGGAACACAAGCGGCGAUCGGCCGGUUGGCCAUAGCAGUAGUGUAAUUCGCUGUUACAGAAAUCAAGUGUUUGUGGGGAGGGAAGGUGGGUUGGAGGUUUGGUCGAGAGUGGCAAAAGAAGAAAACAGGGUGGCAUUAGAAAAUGGGGUUUGUGAGGGGUGGUAUAGGAGGAAUUUUGUGGAUAAAGUUGAGGAUUCUGAGAGAGGGGUUAUACAGAAAAUCGAAGGGGGCGGAGAUAGGCUCUUUGUGAUAAGAGAAGAAGUUGAAGGUGUUGAGGUUUGGGAGAGCUCUUGUUCUUCUGGUGCAGUUUCAGUUUUGUGAUUCAAAAGGAGGCUCUGUAUUAUCAAACACUGUAUUGGUACUAUGUUUUGCGUUUCGGGGCAUAUUGGUAUUGUGGCACAUUGUCUCAGGUUUCGUUUCGUUGCUUCCUUUUAUGGAUGAAUAUUUUGGAUAUAUCUCCUUUACCUGGUAUUUUCUUAUGUAAUUACAUGCUAAGAGAGGAGUUACCUUGAAAGAAAGUUGGUAUGGAGUGGAGGAAUGUCAACAAUGAGAAGUUUGCAUCAUUCGCAUGAUUGGAGGCUUUCAAUUAGCUUAGUCUCAUUUAAGUCAGGGCCAGUGAUUGCAGACAUGUACGUCAACAACCUAUUUGCAAAUUGCUGGGGUUUAGGAUUUUUGUCAAUGUCAAUACCGCCAGUACUUUCUAAAGCUACAGGCACCUGCAGUGUAUAUGAGGCUGAAUGCGCAGAUAAGCUAAUUGCGGAAUUUUUUUGUCUCUUAAGCAUGCAACCAUGUGCACUACAAGGUUGUCCAUCUACUUCCCUCGGCCAGUUGGUCUAUCAGGAGGCAGAAUUAGGGUUUGCCACAUGAUUUUAUCCCCUAAUUUCUCAUUGUUGGUGGCAAAUCAAGAUCAAGAAAGGUAACUCCCCCAGUUGGAACAUCAUUUGUACUUUUAGUAGUAAGUUGUCUUAUUGCUUUACAAGCUGAUACUCGGGAAGCUAGAUAUGGUUAUGAACACGGUAUGAUUGACAAGAUCCAUGAGGCCAUCCGCAUGUGUAUGUUCUGGGUUCUUACACACAUCUUCUCCUUGGCGCCAUAAAUAGAAUUGGUGAUAUGUGCUGUGCUGGUAUUUUCAAGGGUUUAUUAGUGAAGGAGGCGACGAGCAGGUACCUGAUCGAUGUUCACUUGGUGUGCAAGUGGAUCAACGUUCACUUGGUGUGCAUGUGGACUGAUGUUCAGAAGACAAUGAAACACCGGGCCGCUACCAGAGCAUGAGGAAACUAAUGGACUCAUGAGCGAUUUGAUGAUACUGUGCGAUGCUUCUUUGUUGUACAAAUAUGAUUAGACUGAGUCUCAGAAUGAGCAGAUAAAUGGUGUAUGAAGUCAAUUGCAGAAUGGUAUGUGCUGCUGGGUGUCAUUGAUCCGCAGAUAAUGUAUUCGUCAGCAGUGUAUGAAAUCUGUUAUCAGAUAAUGAAAUACCCUCCUUAGGCAAUGCAAGCAAUAUUUUUAAUAAUUUUGACUAUUGUGAGGUUGCUGUUCUUUCUUUCUUCCUCCCCAACUGUUCCUCCUCAGUCCUCCUCACAAAGUGAGAUAUUUGAAAUGUUAACUUUGGUGAAGAUCACUGUGCUGACAUGGGCGGAUGUACUCGCUGUGUACGCAAUGUGGAUGACCAUGGUAUACUUAACGGAGGUAUGGAAGCUCAAUUUCACACAUGCUGCUGCAAUUGUCAAUUUGUACUGGGGCAUUGUAGCCGUACUACCAGUGGGCUUGCAAUUUCUUGUGGAUGCUUUCAUGGGUAACUAUUGGAUGGUCUUGGUCUCCAGUUUUGCCUACAGUGCUGGCUUGGGUUUUUUGUCAAUGUCAACACCACCAGUUCUUGCUGGGGCAACAGGCACUUGCAGCGCAUAUGAGCCGGAGUGCAUAGGCCAAGGACAAAAAAUCCUCUUUUAUACAGCAGUAGCUCUAAUAGCUAUGGGAAUGUCUGGUCAUUUAACCUCAUUAGGGGCAUUCAUUGCUGAGCAGUUUAUGGACUCACAAUCAAACCUUGAAGACAGCAUGCCCUGUCACUUUUUCCUGAGCUUCUUGAUGGUGAUCCUCGUCCCUAUAGCCGGAGUUUUUGCUAUUUAUUAUAUAAAGCCUUGGUCAAUUAGGUAUGGUAUCUCAGCCAUAUGUACCUUGGUAGCAACACUUAUUUUCUUGACUGGUUCGUGUUCAUAUCACACUCAUAGAGCACAAGGCAGCCCUCUCACUACUCUGUUUAGGGUGUUUGCGGCCUCUGCCUCCAAAAUAUUCAGAAGAUGCCCGAGAGAUGCCUCUCAGCUCUAUGAAAAACUUGAUGAUGGUUAUCAGAUAUCUCAUACUCGUCGCCUCAGGUGUCUAGACAAGGCUGCGAUUAUAUUAGCCACCCAACCUCUAGAGCAACAACAAAAUAAUAGGUGGAGGCUUUGCAGAGUCACAGAAGUGGAAGAAACCAAAAGCAUCCUAUGCAUGAUUCCCAUAUGCACAACCUUUAUCCUAAUGGGUGUUGUAUCUUCUAUUGGAAAUACCUACUUCAUCGAGCAAGCAACCCACAUGAAUCGCAAAGUUGGACGCAUAAAGGUUCCUCUUCCAAUCCUUUUAUGGUUCUAUGACCAUGCCAAACAACAAUUUGCCAAAAUCUACUUCCAAAUUGGAGGACUAACAAGGUAUGGCCCCACAAUUGGAAUUGCUGUGUCAAUGAUAUUUGCAAUUCUAUGUUGUAUCACAGCUGCAAAAGUGGAGACAAGAAGGUUAGGCGCGGUUAAGAGACACGGUCUAAUUGACAAGCCUGAGGAAACAAUUCCCAUGAGCAUCUUCUGGUUGCUUCCACAGUUUCUUCUCCUCGGAGGCCUUGAUGGGAUUGCAGACAAUAGCAUUGGUUGGUUCUUCAUUAAUCAGGUCCCUCCAUCCAUGGCUCGGUACAUGGUUCUAUUUGCUAUUGCUCUUUUUGGAGUGGGGAUUGUGGGCAGUGUCUUGUCAGUUUAUCUAGUGGGUGAGAUAAGUGGAAGGGAAGGGAAACCCAGUUGGUUUCAAGAGACUCUAAACAAGAGUCGGUUGGAUCAAUAUUAUUGGACCUUGGCUGCAUUGGCUGCAGCUAAUCUUGUUCUGUAUGUUUUGAUGAGCAUUUGGUAUGCUUAUAAUGAUUCAAGGUCGGAGGACGACGAAGCACCUGAUUAUGGGGAAACUGCUGAGCCAUUUGAUGAUAAUGUGCAAUGCUGCUGCUGUUGUGCAUAGAUUUUCCUACGGAUAUGCAUAAGUGUAGCCAUGUUUCUUCCGUAAAUACAAAUCUUUUCACGUUAAAUCAAGAAAAGAAAGAAAUAAGAUAAUUAUUUUAUCCAAGUCUGCAUGGUUUGUAUAAUGAUGCACUCUACUUGUUGUUGGGGUUGCUAUUGGAUUUGUACCUAUUGCUAAUGAGCCAUUUGGUUCCAAGACACUCUAAACAAGUACAUGUGUUCUUUA